UUAACUUGAGAGGGAAGAAAACCAUGGAUGCACACUUUGCUUCCAUGUUUGUCCUCACUUUGGUUCAUCUUCUUUUGCACAUAUCGGCUCAUGAUUUCCUCUCACCAGGCUCCUCCCUCUCAGUAGAGCGCAAUUCUGACGUGCUCUAUUCACCAGAUGGUAGUUUCACCUGCGGAUUCUACAACAUCUCCCCCAAUUCCUCCAUCUUCUCUGUUUGGUUCUCCAACUCAACUGAAAAGACUAUUGUGUGGAGUGCAAAUCUUCAUCGUCCUGUGUACAGCUGGGGAUCCAAAGUCAAGCUAAACAUUGAUGGAAGUAUGGUUUUACAAGAUUACAGUGGUCAGACUGUGUGGACAAACAACGUGAGCUCUUCAGAUGCCCAAGAAGCUCGGCUAUUGGAGAGUGGGAACCUUAUCGUGAAAGGCCAAGGUGAUAUUAUUCUAUGGCAAAGCUUUGCUUCUCCAACUGAUACUUUGCUACCCAAUCAGAUCAUCAAUGGUACUAUAAAACUGGUAUCUAGUAGCAGUAGUAAUAGAUUGCUUUUUCCUGGCCACUACAGCUUUCAUUUUGAUGAUCAACAUUUGCUUACAUUGUUUGAUGAUGAGAAGGAUAUCUCUUUUAUCUAUUGGCCAAAUCCAUUUAUAAAUAUCUGGGGAAAGCAAAGAAUAUCAUUUAAUACCACUAUGCUUGGAGUUCUUGAUAAUUCAGGGCAUUUCCUUGGGAGUGAUAAUGCAAGCUUUAUGGCUGCUGAUUGGGGUCCUGGGAUUAUGAGGAGAUUAACACUAGAUUAUGAUGGUAAUCUUAGGUUAUACAGUCUCAACCAAACACACGGGACUUGGCUAGUCACAUGGAUGGCAUUUACUCAACUCUGCUUUGUACGUGGUUUGUGUGGCAUGAAUGGAAUAUGUGUGUUUACACCUAAGCCUGCAUGUGUAUGUGCCCCCGGACUCAAGAUCAGUGACCCAAGUGACCUGAGUAAAGGAUGCAAGCCAAGGUUUAGAACUAGUUGUGAUGGAAAGCAGAAAAUGAGAUUUAUGAAACUACCCACUACUGAAUUCUUAGGGUAUGAUCAAAGUACACAUAAGCGGGUUUCUCUUAGCACUUGCAAGAGCAUAUGCAUGAGUGAUUGCAGCUGCAAGGGUUUCUCAUACUGGCAAGGAAAUGGUAACUGCUAUCCAAAGUCUUCACUUGUUGGUGGUGUAACAGUCCAGUGGUUGCCUGGUUCCAUCUAUCUCAAGCUUCCUGCAGCUCUACAAGUCCAUGAAUCUUCCAUUCCCCAAUCACAGCCUUUUGGUCGUCAGUAUGGCCCAAAUUGUAGCGCAAAAGACCAGUAUUUCAUUGCAAAUUUUACAGACAUGUCAAAAGGCAGCCAAAAUGAAUCACGGUAUUUGUACUUCUAUGGAUUCUUAUCAGCAAUAUUUUUCGUCGAGGUAAUAUUGGGUGCAUUAGGAUGGUGGUUUAUUUUGAGAAUGGAGGGUAGGCAAUUAACAGGAGUAUGGCCAGCCGAAGCCGGCUAUGAAAUGGUAACCAGCCAUUUCCGUAGAUACACUUACAAGGAGUUGCAGAGAGCUACUAGAAAAUUUAAAGAUGAGCUUGGCAGGGGAGCAUCUGGUGUAGUGUACAAAGGAAUCUUGAAAGACAAGAGGGCAGUAGCCGUGAAAAAAUUGGUAGACAUAAGCCAGUGUGAAGAAGGAUUCCAUCAUGAGUUGAGUGUGAUCAGCAAGAUUUACCAUAUGAAUCUAGUGAGAGUUUGGGGAUUCUGUUCUGAUGGUUCACACAGGAUGUUGGUUUCGGAAUACGUGGAAAAUGGUUCGCUGGACAAAAUGUUGUUUGGAAGUGCAGGCUCACAGAUCUUACUUGAAUGGAAGCAAAGAUUUAAGAUUGCACUUGGGGUGGCCAAAGGUUUAGCUUAUCUUCAUCAUGAGUGCUUAGAGUGGGUUAUCCAUUGUGACAUGAAGCCCGAGAACAUACUGCUGGAUGAGAACUUGGAGCCAAAGAUCACCGACUUUGGCCUAGCAAAACUCCUGAAUAGACGGGGAUCCAAUAAAAACGUAUCGCGGAUUCAUGGCACUAGAGGUUAUCUAGCUCCUGAGUGGGUUUCUAGCCUCCCAAUAACAGCGAAGGUUGAUGUCUACAGCUUUGGAGUGGUCCUUCUAGAAUUACUGAAGGGAAAUCGUGUUUCAGACUGGGAAAAAACUGAGGAUGAAGAUGAUGAGGUUGAAAAGGUCCUUCGACGGGCUGCUAGGAUGCUUGCAGAGAAUGUGAAGUUGCAGGAGGGGGAGGGGGAGGGAAGCAAACAAUCAUGGAUCGGUGACUUCACUGACUCCAGAUUGAAUGGUCAGUUCAACCACUUGCAAGCAAGAGCAAUGAUCAAGUUGGCUGUUUCAUGCAUAGACGAGGACAGAAACAAAAGACCCACCAUGGAGAAUGUAUCGCAGAAGCUUCUAUCAAUUGAUGAAUAAAGCACAUAGCAAACUAGCAGUACUGCUUCAAAUUUAACAACAUUUGCAAAUUAUGAUCAUGUAAUCUAUUACUAUGCUGUACUAUAAGAAUAUAUAUA